CAUUUUAGAUCAGCACCGUUCCAUGCUGCAACGAAUGGACAAGCAGAAAGAUUCGUGCAAACCUUCAAACAGAGUAUGAAGGCAAUGAAAUCAGAAUCAGCCUCUUUAAACAAGAAGAUAGCAAAUUUCCUACAGAUGUACCGCAACACACCUCAUGCUACCACUAACGAAACACCUGCCAAAAUGUUCCUUGGUCGAAACAUACGUUCCCGUCUGGAUUUGAUGAAGCCAGAUGUAAAAAGCACAGUGCAGCAGAAACAAAUGAAGAAAGCACUCGAGAAGAAGACACCUAUACGCUUGUUUGAUAAUGGACAGCCAGUGAUAGUUCGAGACUACAGAGGACAAGACAAGUGGGUUAAUGGAACCAUCAACACACAACUAGGACCAUUGAUGUAUGAAGUCAAAACAGACGCUGGAAGUUAUUGGAGAAGGCACACAGACCAAAUCCAAGAAAGGAAGCAUGAUGAAAAUUACAGCGACCCCCAACCAAGACCAGAAGAUGUCUGCCCAGCAGUAGUAAAACAGCCAUCAGUCAGCACAGCCCAGACAAGCAAGACAGUUACCCCCGCUAAGAGCAACAUGGCGCAAGAAGGACAAGGCAAAGGGCAUCGACACCCAACAAGGCACAGAAGCUCACCAAAACAUUAUAUGUAUGAACAACAUUAGGGCAGUCAUAAGAGA